GUUGAAGAGCCAGAGCUUGGAGAUGCUAUGAGCAAAGCAUCAUCAACCAAAGGGCCCAUGAAUUUGUAUUUCAAAACGGUUUCAAAAGAACAGGGAACUUUGAAGAGUGCAAGAGGGGCAGAAGUAACUUUAGCAUCUUGCAAGAAAGAGUUAAGGGGAAAGGUUGUUGGUGCAUUUGCACGAUGGAUGUAUGAAGCUGGAUUGCCCUUUAACUGUGUCAAUUACAAGACAUUACAAAGUUUCAUUGAUGUUGUCGCACAACAUGGACCCGGGAUGAAAGCUCCUACUUAUCAUGAAGUUCGAGUGCCAUAUCUUAAAAAGGAAGUAGAGCAUGUGAAGGAGCUUUUUAAACCACAUGAGGAUAUUUGCAAGCAAUAUGGUUGUUCAUAGAUGAUGAAUAAGUGGACUGAUAGAAGGAAUCGCGCUUAUAUCAAUGUGUUAGUUAAUUGUUCACUUGGGUCUUAUUUUAUCCAAUCAGUUGAAGUAAGUUUGGACAUUGUGAAUGGAGAGAAGAUGCUUGAGCUCUUUGAACUCUUUGUGAAUAGAGUUGGAGGGGAAAAUGUUGUUCAAAUUAUAUCAAACAACGCUUCUGAAAAUGUCAAAGCUGGCAAGGAUUUAAUGGAGAAGUACCCGACAAUUUAUUGGACACCGUGUGCUGCUCAUUGCAUUCAUUUGAUGUUCAAAGACAUAUUUGAGCUUAAGCACUUUCAGACAACCUAUAAAAGAGCUCCGAAAUUGUCGGUCUACAUCCAUUCAAAAACAAAAUUGCUGAACUUGUUUAGGAAAUUCACCGGGAAGAGAGAGUUGGUGAAGUUUGCUAAGACAAGAUUUGUCAUGGCUUUCUUGACAUUCAAGAGGUUAAAGGAGCACAAGAAUAAGAUGAUCAAGCUUUUCAAUUGUGAAGAGUUCCUAACGAGCAAUUAUUCCAAACAAGAGUCUGCAAAGGAGUGUGGUAGAAUUGUUCAGAUGUCGUCCUUUUGGAACACACUUAAUGAGGCACUGAAAGUUGGAGGACCACUUAUGUCAACCUUUCGAAUGGUUGAUGGAGAUGUGAAGCCGGCUAUGAAAUAUGUCUAUCCUGCAAUGGAAUUGACAAAAGCAUC